GUUACUAUGGCUGACUGAUAAAAUUUUUCCAAAACAUUGUUAUUAUUUCGUUAAUCAGAAUUAGUAAUACUUAUAGCAUACUUAAUUUUUACUAAUAUCGAAAUCAAAUAUUCAAUCCCAAUAGGGAUUCGGUUCGAGCAUCGAAAAUGUCGCCUCGUAGGCAGCCAUGUAGUUUGUACAAAUUAUGUGUAAAAAGUUGUAUUUGUCUGAUAAAUUCUGCUUGUUAUAUUAUAGAAAAAAGUUGUCCUGAACCCUCAUUUCGUGAAUGUGAGGGUCAAGCGUAUGAAUUGAAGUCUUACCUUUCGUCAAUGCUUCCAGUAAGGUUAUUUGAUGUCCUCUGUUCAGAAAGAACAUGUUGUCAAUACCGCGGCGAUCCCCGAGUCCAGCUCCAUGUCCUCACACAUCCCAACAUGUCAGUUUUCCGUAAAUGUGACCUCGAUAAUGGAAUCCCUCAACUCUUCUGGAUCGAAUCUCUUGCCAACCUCCAACGAUUAGUUGUACUCGACCUCAAAUUCAUUUGCACAGAUGAAAUUCUACAAGUCAUCGGUCUCAACUGCCCUUUACUUGAAGAAUUAAAUAUAGUUUCUAGAGUUGACAUUUGCAAGUCACUUUUCAAUGCUUCCAUGUGGAUAAGGAAUGUUUCUGAUGCUGGUCUUUGUUCAAUAGCAAAUUUAAAACAUUUAAGAGUCUUAGCCAUGGAUCCUCCUAGGAAUGAAAGGGCGAACCGAGCCGGUCGUUGUGUUUCUCAGGCAGGUAUCAUAAUGCUGGUUGCUGAGCUUCCUUACUUAGAAGAGUUACGUAUUGAAUCUUGUGAUAUUGGGUCAACUUUAAUAACAACUCCUGUGGACAUUGGACCAUUGAGUCUUCGUAAAAUUAAUUGCCAUUUUGCUUCUGCAGAUGGUAUUCGUAGAUUGAUAAAGAUUUGCCCAUUCUUAAAAGAAUUUUCAGUGACACAUGUCUCAGAGCAUAAUAAAGAGGAUAUAAUAGAACAAAUAACUGCAAGCGAUUUAAGACUGAAUAAGUUGGAUCUAUCUUUCUUCUCUUACACAGAUACUAUGCAACAACUUUUAGCAGUUAAGGGUAGGUAUUUAACACACUUCUCCCUAUGGGAAAUUGAGAAUCUUUUGACUCUGGAUGCAGUUCUGGCUAUUGGUAACUAUUGCCCGCAUCUGAACUCGUUGUGUCUGAUGACUCAGUCUAGACAUUUUGUUAUACCGAGGCAUUUCCGGCGACCGAAAGGAUUGUUUUCACAUCUCAAGACUUUAACGAUAGGCAACGGAAACUUCGACAUAAAUCGUAUACUCACCUUCUUUCUGGAUUGUUCGCAAGACCUUGAAAAGUUAAUGAUAAAAUACCAAUCAAAUGCGAAAAUAGAUGAAACUUUAUUGCAGUUAAUAGACAAGGGUAGUUUGCAAAAUGUUAAUUAUCUGUGGUUAGACUGCACUUUAGAAAUAUCUAAGGAUGUAAUAAAGAAAAUUAUUAAAUGUUGUGAGAAACUACAAACGUUCACUGUUGAUUUUGCUGAAGAUAUUAAUGAUAUACAUAAGUUUAUUGUAGAAAAUAAUUUGGACCUGAGGUUAGGAAGUUAUUAAUGGUAUGUAUGUAUGUACCUAUAUAUUUGUUAUUAAGUUGUAUUUAGUGCAUUAUUUACUAAAUAAAUAUUUUAAUUCUACUUCA